AUCUGGUCCUGUGGGCGUCAGUCACACAGUGAUCACAGUUCACACCUGCAGUGAAGCCCCUCCCACAACAAUUCACCAAUAAAUACUGGGAAUAUUCCCAUCAUCCUACAAGAGAAGGACAAACUCCAGGAGUAGCAGCUGCAAUCUGUGUGACUUUUAAAGAUGGAGUUUAUUAAAGUGGAGAUUGAAGACAUGAGUGAUCCAGAACCAUCCAGAAUAAAACAUGAAGAUACUGAGGAACAAACAGAUCAGAUGGGAAUAACAGAGCUAAGAGAAGAACUGAAUGAAGUAAAGCAUCACUGUGACUUCAAAACUCAUGGAACAAAAGCCAAAAAGCUGCACUCCUGCUCACAGUGUGGAAAGAGUUUCAGACAAAAAGGAGACCUUAACAGACACAUAAGAAUUCACACUGGAGAGAAACCGUAUCCAUGCACUCAGUGUGGAAAGUGUUUCACAUCUUCAUCCUUACUCAAAAUUCAUCUGCGUAUUCACUCUGGAGAAAAACCAUUUAACUGUGAUCAGUGUGGUAAAGAGUUUAUUUUGUCAUCACAUUUAAAACAACACCUGAAAGUUCAUUCAGAUGAGAGGCCUCAUGUGUGUUCUCUCUGUGGAAAGAGUUUUUCACGACUGAUCAGUUGUAAACGGCACCAGAAAACUCAUGAUGAAGUGAGAGAUCAUGUGUGUUGUGACUGUGGGAAGAGCUUUACUACAUCUAGUCAUCUGAAACAGCACCAAAGAAUUCAUACUGGAGAUAGACCUUACAAGUGCUCAUAUUGUGACCAGAGUUUCACUCAGUCUGGAAACCUGAAAUCACAUGAGCGAGUUCAUACUGGAGAGAAGCCGUACGACUGUACUCAGUGUGGAAAGAGUUUUAAACAUUUAUCAAGCCUUCAUGCUCAUAUGAAAAACUGUUGCAUGUUCAAGAUGGAGUUUAUUAAAGAGGAGAUUGAAGACAUGAGUGUUCCAGAACCAUCCAGAAUAAAACAUGAAGAUACUGAGGAACAAAUAGACUGGAUGGAAGUGAAUAAGCAAAAACAUGAACUGAAUGAAGCAGAGGAGGAACAGCAGAGCAUCAAAGCUAAUAAGCUGCACACCUGCCCUCAGUGUGGAAAAAGUUUCAGACGAAAAGGAAACCUUAAAACACACAUAAGAAUUCAUACGGGAGAGAAACCGUAUCCAUGCACUCAGUGUGGAAAGAGUUUCAGUAAAAAGGACAACCUUAAUGUACACAUAAGACUUCACACUGGAGAGAAACCAUUUAACUGUGAUCAGUGUGGUAAAGAUUUUAUUUCGUCAUCAAAUCUAAAUCAACACCUGAAAGUUCAUUCAGAUGAGAAGCCUUUUUUGUGUUCUCUCUGUGGAAAGAGUUUUUCACGGCUGGACGAUUUUAAACUGCAUCAGAAAAUACAUACAGGUGUGAGAGAUCAUGUGUGUUGUGACUGUGGGAAGAGCUUUACUAGAGCUGGUGAACUGAAACAGCACCAAAGAAUUCAUACUGGAGAAAAACCUUACAAGUGCUCAUAUUGUGACAAGAGUUUCACUCAGUCUGCACACCUGAAAUCACACGAGCGAGUUCAUACUGGAGAGAAGCCAUACUACUGUACUCAGUGUGAGAAGAGUUUCACAUAUUUAGCUGAUCUCAAAUAUCAUCUGCGUAUUCACUCUGGAGAAAAGCCAUUUAACUGUGAUCAGUGUGGUAAAGAUUUUAUUUCAUCAUCACAUCUAAAAUCACAUCUGAAAGUUCAUUCAGAUGAGAGGCCUUAUGUGUGUUCUCUCUGUGGAAAGAGUUUUUUAUGGCUAAAAGGUUUUAAACGGCACCAGAAAACACAUAAUGAAGUGAGAGAUCAUGUGUGUUGUGACUGUGGGAAGAGCUUUACUAGAGCUGACUAUCUGAAACAACACCAAAGAACUCAUUCUGGAGAAAAACCAUAGACGGAGUUUCACUUUUGUGC